UUCUGGCCUUGUGGGCGAGCGGGAGUGGCGGUAGAGUCCGGGACAGAAGCGCACCGCCUGGGAGGCUCUAUAGGCGAGGGCGCUCGGGCCCUGCGGGCGGUGUCCUGACCGGCGGCGCUAGGACCCUGUGGGCAGCGGCGGGGGCGGAGCGGGCGGCACCAGGACCCGGGGGAACCGCGGCGGGCGGGCGACGAGCAGGCCCGGGGGCCGGGAGGCUGCGGGCGGCGGCGCUGGGCCCGGCGCGGCGAGAGAGGCCCCGAGAUGCCGAGCAAGAAGAAGAAGUACAACGCGCGGUUCCCGCCGGCACGGAUCAAGAAGAUCAUGCAGACGGAUGAAGAGAUUGGGAAGGUGGCGGCGGCUGUGCCUGUCAUCAUCUCUCGGGCGCUCGAGCUUUUCCUGGAGUCACUGUUGAAGAAGGCCUGCCAAGUGACCCAGUCCCGAAACGCCAAGACCAUGACCACAUCCCACCUGAAGCAGUGCAUUGAGCUGGAGCAGCAGUUUGACUUCUUGAAGGACCUGGUGGCAUCUGUGCCUGACAUGCAGGGGGACGGCGAAGACAACCACAUGGAUGGGGACAAGGGUCCCCGCAGGGGCCGGAAGCCAGGCAGCAGCAACCGGAAGAAUGGUGGGAUGGGAAGCAAGGGCAAGGACAAGAAGCUGUCGGGCACGGACUCAGAGCAGGAGGAUGAGUCUGAGGAUACAGAUACUGACGGCGAAGAGGAGACACCACAGGCCCCACCCCAGGCCAGCCACCCCCCUGUCCACUUUCAGAGCCCCCCGACACCCUUCAUGCCCUUCACCUCGACUCUGCCUCUGCCCGCAGCACCCCCAGGCCCCUCGGCACCUGACGCAGAGGAUGAAGAGGAUUAUGACUCCUAGCGCCCUCUGCCCCCCAGGCCCCACCCCCUUUUAGUUGGUUUUAGUUGCUCUGGGGAGAAGAGAGAAGUUAGAGCUGUUCUUAAAUUUAUUAAUAAAACAAUAAUAAAAGGGAACACCAGUGUCUGUCCCA